AUGACACGACACCAACCCAACAUUCAUCGCCCUCCGCUGGCCAGGGCAACUAUACUCCAGCGACGUUUCAAUGCGCUGUCAACCGCCGAGAUUACGAUGCCAUCGCUAGGCACAAUACUUUGGAGAACCCUUCUAUUCUCCACAACUUAUAUACAAGUCUAUGCUCAAUCCCACGACCCCAAUAAUACCGCUUCGAUUCCAAUCGACUCGACCUUUACUGUCUCGACCUGCGACGCCCGAACCAUCAAUUACAUCACUCACUCUCUUCCCCAAUCGUGUCUUACCAGCUCCUGGACAAGCACAACCACAACACCGACCUCUGUCCUUUCAUCCUCCAAUUUGACAACCGAAUCUUCUUCUGCCUCGAUCCAAAGCGAUACACCAUCCCCCAACGUACGGGGCGAGUCUCAGUCUCAGUCUCAACAACCACCUUCCGCCGCUACUCCCGCGCAAGAUGAGUCACAAGAUGCAUCCGGAGAUGGAGCUGCUAAACCAUUCAUGUCCUUCGAGGACUGGAAAGAGAUGAUGCUGCGGGAAACAGGGCAGGACCCUCGAGAUCUUCACGCCAGAAACACGAAACCACGCGACAGGACACCGCCGGACAUGGGCCAUGCUGGUCUCGGUGAAGAAGACGAGAUAUCCCUGAACUUUGACAGCUACUUGGAUAAUGCCGGGGACAAAACAGAACGCCCUUCUGAUCUUGAUCAGGCCAAAGGCGAUGGAACAGGCAAGGCGAUCGUCUACGAAGCGAUUCACGGGAGUAAAGAUGCUGGCAAGACGUGCAAAGAACGCUUUUCUUAUUCGUCUUUUGAUGCCGGCGCCACCAUUCUUAAGGCCAGCCCCGGCGCACAGAACCCAAGGACUAUUCUCGUCGAGAACAAAGACUCUUACAUGCUACUUCAGUGCUCCGCUAAGAGCAAAUUCGUCAUCGUCGAAUUGAGCGAUGAUGUCCUUAUUGACACUGUAGUCCUCGCCAACUUCGAGUUCUUUUCCAGCAUGUUUCGCCACUUUACUGUCAGCGUUAGUGACCGGUACCCAGUCAAGAUGGACAAGUGGAAGCAGCUGGGAAUGUUUGAGGCACGGAACUCGCGUGAUAUCCAGCCCUUUCUGGUUAAGAACCCCCAGAUCUUUUCCAAAUAUGUUCGGAUUGAGUUCCUCACUCACUGGGGGAAUGAGUUUUACUGCCCAGUAUCUUUACUUCGCAUUCACGGCUCGCGCAUGCUUGAUUCAUGGAAGGAAUUGAAGGAUGAUGAUUCGAACCCUGACGAUGAGGCCGACGAAGCUCCACAGGCUCUCCCUUCAGAAGAAGCAUCAAAGCCACCAGAACCUGAGGUAGCCCCCGAACCUGUCAAGUCCACCUUGAUUGAGAAGAUGCCAUUUUGUGAAGUCGAUACUACUUCGCAGCUCUUCAUGGUUCCGUCAGUCUGCCCUGUCUCACUCAAUCAGACAACUUACACGACAUCGAACAAUAGCAGUUCUGUGGAAGUAACAAGUGCUGCUCCAACACCGAGUUCCUUGGAAGACAGAGAGCAGAAAGGACCCUCUACACAACAUACCCCGAGAUCAGAACACCCAGUGAGCGAUGAGCCCACAUCCUCAGUUUCAUCCAAGACCGCUUCCCCAAGCGCUACGCCAGCCAUCUCGCCCACAAGCCCCUCCUCUAUAUCAUCUUCCAACGCCGAAUCGGUUUCAAACGUGACUUCUCAAGCAUCGAGUUCCAGAGCAAUUCCAACAGCCUCAUCUUCCACAACCCCGCCCAGCAUAAAGCCCUCCCCUGCCAAUACUGUUAAUGCCAAGAAAGGCACGACGGGAACGGUCUCCGGUGCGCCAGCCUCGCCGACGGUACAAGAAGGCUUCUUCAAGGCCAUAUCGAAACGCCUCAUCGCCGUUGAAACCAAUCUCACCCUCUCGCUGAAGUACGUCGAAGACCAAGCUCGCCAUAUGUCCGAGACUUUGCAACGUACAGAGCAGAAGCAAAUCUCCAAAGCAAACCUUUUCUUUGAAGAGCUCAACCGCACCGUGCUGACGGAGCUACGCUCUGCCCGUGAGCAGUACGACCAGAUCUGGCAGUCAACAGUGAUUGCUCUUGAGAGUCAACGUGAGCAGUCCAAUCGAGAGAUAGUAGCUCUCAGCAGUCGUCUCAACCUUCUCGCCGACGAGGUCGUCUUCCAAAAGCGCAUGGCUAUCGUACAAGCAGUGCUUCUCCUGUCGUGCUUGCUUCUCGUCAUCUUCUCCAGGGGUGUCUCGCUACCGUACCUCGCGCCCCUUGUGGAUCAAGGUAAUCUUGCUCCCUACGAUCUUGGAUCCUCGACAUCUCGCCUUCGGGCCUUGUAUGGGGAUGCGUACAGUGCAGAUGAACAAAACGCAUCGCUACUAGCUACCCGGCAGAGAGCAUUUGUUCCCGUAACCACAGCAGCAGAAGAACAUACUUCAGCCGGUCUUCGGCAUCGUGUUUCGUUAGUUGACGAAAUGCGUAAUGACCAAGCAGAACGUGAGCAAUUGUCGCCUCCGCAAACACCAAGGUCCGGUGACGGCUUUUCGUCCUCGUCUGAUCUUCCACCAUCUUCGCGAGAAACACAUUCCGGCAUGUUACGGCAUGCUCCUGCGAUUCAUUCAGGCAAUUCACGUAAACCCUUGCCAGCUUUGCCCGAGAACCCUGCAUCGCCGUGA